CGUCGGCGCGAACACGGACUGUUUUGGUGUUACACGUCGCAACGCGGAAGUGAAGCUCUGUUGAUGUUUUCGUGACUCCGCGGGCAGAAAACCGAACUUUUUACCGGAGUUAUGGCGGUGAGCGCGGUUCACCUGGAGUCGGACGCCUUCCUGGUGUGUAUGAACCACGCGUUGAGCACCGAGAAGGAGGAGGUGAUGGGGCUGUGCAUCGGGGAGGUGGAGGCGUCCCGCAUCGUCCACAUCCACUCUGUCAUCAUCCUCCGCCGCUCCGACAAGAGGAAGGACCGGGUGGAGAUCUCCCCGGAGCAGCUGUCGGCGGCGUCCACGGAGGCGGAGCGGCUGGCGGACAUGACCGGGAGGCCGAUGCGGGUGGUGGGCUGGUACCACUCCCACCCGCACAUCACCGUGUGGCCGUCCCACGUCGACGUGCGGACCCAGGCCAUGUACCAGAUGCUGGACCAGUGCUUUGUGGGCCUUAUCUUCUCCUGUUUCAUCGAGGACAAGAACACGAAGACGGGCCGGGUGCUGUACACCUGCUUCCAGUCCGUGCAGGCGCAGAAAGGCUCCGAGUACGAGCGGGUGGAGAUCCCCGUCCACGUCGUGCCCCGGGAGGCCAUCGGGAAGGUGUGCCUGGAGUCGGCCGUGGAGCUGCCGCGGAUCCUGUGCCAGGAGGAGCAGGACACGUACCGGAAGAUCCACAGCCUGGCGCACCUGGACCCGGUCACCAAGAUCCACAACGGCUCGGUGUUCACCAAGAACCUGUGCAGCCAGAUGUCUGCGGUGAGCGGGCCGCUGCUGCAGUGGCUGGAGGACCGACUGGAGCAGAACAAGCAGAGCAUCGUGGAGCUGCAGCAGGAGAAGGAGAAGCUGCUGCUGGAGCUGGCGGCUCUGUGACACUAAAAACUACCAGUUUGUGGACACAGGACAAAGACUAUAUGUUUAGUUUUGCUCGUUUCAUCUUGUUUUCUAUUUUGUUUUCUAUUUUGUUUACACAGUCAGCAGACAAAAUGCACACACUUUUGUGGGAAGGCAUUUACAGUCAUACACUUUGUUUGUGAACUCACCAUCUGGGGACCCGUCUAUAAACCUGCACACGUGACCCUCUGUAUAAGGGGACGCUUAUGGAUUAGUGAAUUAAUUGAAUCUUAGGUCUCAAUUUGGCUGAAAUUCAAUUUUAAUUACUUCAUGGACAAACUUCAUUUGAAAACAUUUGCUCAAAGUAUUUACUAAACUGCAUUAGAAUAAUUUUACAAUAAUAAUACAUGUCUUUAAUCUAUCUGUAUAACCCUUUCAAGGAGUCAGUUCUUUGUUAUAUGACUCAGAACUACAAACAAAUAAAGCAUUAAAAAAAGUCCUCUAUUUCCACUUCCCUAAACUGUUUCCAUCUUGCAGCCGUAACUCCCGUCAACUCAAAAUAAAUUUGUGAAAUUACAAAAUUAUUCAAAUUCUGAUCCCUGCACUGUUUUUGUUUGGUUGUAAUGUCUGUGCUUCACCACCAGGUGUCCGUCUUGUCUUAUUUUUCCUUCUGUGACAGUUGAUGUCAGCACCACUGAAAGAGAAUAUUGACUUUACUUCUUGAUGCAGAGUGAAAAGUGGCCGCAGUGUGAAGUCUCAUAAACUGUCAAACACCAAAAACAACAUUAAAUGUCUUGAAUGCUCAGUUUUGAUUUGACAUAUGUUUAUUUACAUGACAACUUUGUUAACUGUCUUAUAUUGAGGCAGAUGUGUUAAGACUGUGGCUCCUGAAUCUACUGUGAGAUUACUGAACUGUUAGUUAUUUUAUUUUUAAUCAGUCAUCCUUGAGUCUAAAACACAUAAACUGGAGGUAGUCUCAGCAUCUAUAAAGUGCCUUAAGCCUGUAUUCUUUUAGCAGGCAGCAGGUGGGGGAGUCCUCUGGUUGCAGUUUGUAUAGACGUCUAUGAGAAAAUGAGCCAACUUCUCACUUAUUUUGUCACCCCAGGAAACAUGUACUCAAUUAGUUUAUGGUCUCAAAAGCUAGUUUCAAGUCUCCUUCAAUGCAGCAUAUUGUUUGUUUUGUAAGUUAUAGUUCUUUUAAGAGUAAUAAAAAGGAUCAAAUUCUGUAUGUUCCACUCCUCACUCUUUAGUUCUGAUUUCAAAAAAUCAUGAUGGCAGAGAAGUGGCACUAAUGAAAUGAUUGAUAAAUGUGUGUUGCAAAUUCCCAAAGAAUGUUGAAUUUUGUCCAAAAAUCAAAUUAAAUUUAAGAUUAGUUUGAACAGAAAAGCUACGAGUGCGAACGUUUGCUGGAACGUGAAGUAUUGUCAAUUUUGCUCUGAUUUAAUUAUUAAAAUUGUCGCAGAUUAAUUUGCUGUCAAUUGAUUUGUAACCUAAUAGUUUCAGCUUUGAUCCCAAGAUCUGGUGUUUAAUGCCUAAAGCUAUGUCCAGUUUUUCCCCCAUUUAAGCUGAUAAUUCCUCAUUGAAAUAUUAUUUGUAUUUAAUUUUGGCAAAAUUCUUGUACAGCUCUUGAGUGACAAGACAACUAAAAUGAAACUGCCUCAACAAACAAGUUAAUUCAUUUGGUUAAAAAUUCAGUGUGUUCUGGUCAAGAAAAAGGGGUUGUUCAAUAUUUUUGAUUAAUGUAUAGAUUAUUUUCUAUACUACCACUUGUAGAUCAGCUGUUUGAUUUCUAAAAUUAAUGACUAGUAAAUAAAUGCUGAUUACAACCUAAA